AUGGAUCGGCAAACAAUCUGGCCAGCUCCAUACUAUCCAUGGAUAUUUGACAAGGAGCAACGAAUGCAACUUGGGAGGGCAGGAAGAUCGUAUCAACAAGAGAGCAAUCUCAACUAUGGGGGAGAAGGCUACAGAAACCCUUUUCAAGCCACACUGAAACGGGUUGUAGGUGGAACUUUUUGGUUUCGAACAUACCCAUCGGAAGAGGAGGCACCACGCGGUACUUGCUGGAAACAUGAACCGACCACCAAUCGAAAAAUUUAUGCUUCGUAUCAGAACACUUCUCCAAACACCACUCAUAGAAUAGAGAGAACUUUCUAUUCGUCGAGUUUCCGAAUCGAAAAUCAAACACAGCUCAAUUUGCAUCAGAAAUUGACCUACACUCCAAAUAUCUACCUCAAUUAUUUCGGGCUCUCGAUUCGAGUCGAAAAAUGGUCUGAUGUUACAAGAGAAGUGUUGGUGAUUCCUGGUUGGGUUAACGGUGGCCCACCCAAAACUCUCUAUCUUGUCGUGAAGGAAAAUGUGACACCAAUAGUGAUCGUUUCGCCGGCCACCUAUGUUAGAGGCAACGACGAUGAAGUUGACUACAACAACCCAACUUGCGAGUACGGCGGGACAGACAAACCGAAAAACAUCUUUUCACGCUAUAAAUGGGCAUGGAUCGGUGCUGGGAUUGCGUUGAUUGUUGGAAUUGGAAUCAUUUUGGUCAUUGUUUUGGUUCGAGUCUGCCGAGGUUUACCCACUGUUUCAUCUGCUUUCAAUCGCAAUCUAAACAUGAACACAGAUGAUAUGGAAUGGGCACGGCACAGAAGAUCGCAAAUCAGUGUUGAGAACUGGACC